CGCGCCCGCCGCACCGGAAGUGGCGACGGGUCCGCGCGGAUGGCGGCGGCGACGGUAGCGAUGACGGCGGCAGGCUGCGGAGGGGCUGGGGCGGCCCGCUCCCUCUCUCGCUUCCGAGGCUGCCUGGCAGGCGCGCUUCUCGGGGACUGCGUGGGCUCCUUCUACGAGGCGCACAACACCGUCAACCUGACGUCAGUCCUGCGUCACGUCCAGAGCCUGGAGCCGGACCCCGGCUCGCCCGGGAGCGCGCAGACAGAAGCAUUGUACUACACAGAUGACACGGCCAUGGCCAGGGCCCUGGUGCAGUCCCUGCUGUCCAAGGAGGCCUUUGACGAGGUGGACAUGGCUCACAGAUUUGCUCAGGAGUACCAGAAAGAGCCUGACAGGGGUUAUGGUGCUGGAGUAAUCACUGUCUUCAAGAAGCUCCUGAGCCCCAAGUGCCGUGAUGUCUAUGAGCCUGCCCGAGCCCAGUUUAACGGCAAAGGUUCCUAUGGCAAUGGGGGUGCCAUGCGGGUGGCUGGCAUCUCCCUAGCCUACAGCAGCAUCCAGGAUGUGCAGAAGUUUGCCCGGCUCUCGGCCCAGCUGACUCACGCCUCCUCCCUGGGUUACAACGGAGCCAUCCUGCAGGCCCUGGCUGUGCACCUAGCUUUGCAGGGAGAGUCAUCCAGCGAGCGCUUCCUCGAACAACUCCUGGGCCACAUGGAAGAGCUGGAGAGUGAUGCCCAGUCCAUCUUGGAUGCCAGGGAGCUGGGCAUGGAAGAGCAUCCGUAUUCCAGCCGACUGAAAAAGAUUGGAGAGCUUCUAGAGCAGGACUCGGUGACCAGAGAGGAAGUGGUAUCCGAGCUAGGGAAUGGCAUUGCUGCCUUUGAAUCUGUGCCCACUGCCAUCUACUGCUUCCUGCGGUGCAUGGAGCCCGACCCUGAGAUUCCGUCUACCUUCAAUAACCUCCAAAGGACUCUCAUAUAUUCCAUCUCACUUGGUGGGGACACAGACACCAUUGCCACCAUGGCAGGGGCCAUUGCCGGUGCCUACUAUGGAAUGGAACAGGUGCCAGAGAGCUGGCAGCAAAGCUGUGAGGGUUACGAGGAGACAGACGUCCUUGCCCAGAGCCUGCACCGGGUCUUCCAGAAGAGUCCGUGAGAGCCAUAGCUGCUGGGGCUCUGCUAUGUCCAGCAGGACCAACUACAACUCGUGUUGGAAAUCCUGAGCUUCUUUGUAUUUGGCUCCCUGCCUCAGUCUUCCUGCAGCAUGGGUGAAGUGCACCACAGGCCCUGGGCUCUCUGGGGGAGGUCACUGGAACAGUGAGUAAGGGACUGGUGCCUCCCUGGUGCUGGGCUUGUGGCUUGCUACAGAGCCUUGGGCACUCCCAGCAACUCAAACAUGAGGGACCAGGGCAAGUUAUUUUGGAGGGGUACUUGUGGCAUUUUGCUUUAUUAUCUAGGACAUGGGAUUGGAGAGGUGGAAAUGAUCUGUAGUAGCAUCAUUUCUCCUUGUUGGGAUUUAGCCAGUUUGCCAGAAGGCCUGUCUUUGACUGGGCAGGGUCCCUGAACAGCAGGUUUCUAUGGAUCAAGGAGACAGGCACUUGAAUCUAGCUGAUCUAGAUACACACCUGGCCCUUGGCUGUCAGGUUUGUUAACAGCUUCCAUCAGAAAUCACAGCAAUAAACAGUUUUUGUUAAAUCCCA